AUAAUGGCCUUUGAUGAUGAAAUCAAUGCUCUUUUGGACCAUAUGUUUGGACCUCGAGAUUCUCGAGUCAGAGGGUGGUUCAUGUUGGACUCGUACCUUCCCACCUUUUUUCUUACUGUCAUCUAUCUGCUUUCAAUAUGGCUGGGCAACAAAUACAUGAAGAACAGACCUGCUCUUUCUCUCAGGGGUAUCCUCACCUUGUACAAUCUCGGAAUCACACUUCUCUCUGCAUAUAUGCUGGUAGAGCUCAUUCUCUCCACUUGGGAAGGAGGUUACAAUAUACAGUGUCAAGAUCUCACCAGUGCAGGAGAAGCUGAUAUCCGGGUAGCCAAGGUGUUAUGGUGGUACUACUUCUCCAAAUCAGUGGAGUUCCUCGACACCAUUUUCUUUGUUUUGAGAAAGAAAACAAGUCAGAUCACUUUUCUUCAUGUAUAUCAUCACGCCUCUAUGUUUAACAUCUGGUGGUGUGUUUUGAACUGGAUACCUUGCGGACAGAGUUUCUUUGGACCAACACUGAACAGUUUUAUCCACAUUCUUAUGUACUCCUAUUAUGGACUUUCUGUGUUUCCAUCCAUGCACAAGUAUCUCUGGUGGAAGCGGUAUCUCACUCAGGCUCAACUGGUGCAGUUCGUGCUGACCAUCACGCACACCCUGAGUGCUGUCGCCAAGCCCUGUGGCUUCCCGCUCGGUUGUCUCAUCUUCCAGUCUUCUUAUAUGUUGACAUUAGUCAUCCUAUUCUUAAAUUUUUAUGUUCAGACGUACCAAAAAAAGCCAAUAAAGAAAGACAUGCCAGAGCCACCUGCAGGGAACGAAGUGAAGAACGGUUUUCCCAAAGCCUGCUUCACCGCAGCGAAUGGAGUGAUGAACAGGAAGGCACAAUAG